CUCAUCGUCUCCGUGCUCUGAAAAUUGCCAGCAACCAACAUAUACUGUGAAAAUGAUGAACUUGUCUAUGGACAUAGCCACAACCUUCGUUAACUUCACUUCCCGCUGCCAUCACCGAACCCCACUCUCCAAAAUCCGAACCACGGUUCUUCCUCUCCUUCUAAGACCCACCAAAUCCCAAACCCUAUCCUACCGAACAAUUCCAUUGGUUCACCGCAGUGUUAUUGUAUCCUCCAAAUCCAGCCGCCGGUUCACAGUCUCUGCCACGGCCACGACUACUCCGCAGAGCGAGGACUCCGAUGUUUCCACCAAAAUCCCGCCCGAUAACCGCAUUCCGGCUACUAUAAUUACUGGCUUUCUGGGCUCCGGCAAGACCACAUUACUCAACCAUAUCUUGACUGCUGAUCAUGGGAAGCGCAUAGCAGUUAUUGAGAAUGAGUUUGGGGAAAUAGAUAUUGAUGGCUCUUUAGUUGCUGCUCAAACUACUGGGGCUGAGGACAUAGUUAUGCUCAACAAUGGCUGUCUCUGCUGUACUGUGCGGGGGGAUCUUGUGAGGAUGAUUUCAGAAUUGGUUGGUAGGAAGAAAGGGAAAUUUGACCACAUUGUAAUAGAGACUACAGGAUUGGCAAAUCCAGCUCCGAUCAUUCAGACAUUUUAUGCGGAGGACAAGGUUUUCAAUGAUGUCAAGUUAGAUGGUGUUGUCACUUUAGUUGAUGCUAAGCAUGCUGGUUUUCACCUGGAUGAGGUGAAACCAAAGGGAGUAGUCAAUGAGGCGGUAGAACAGAUUGCUUAUGCAGACCGUAUUAUAGUAAAUAAGACUGAUCUUGUUGGCGAGCCAGAAAUUAGUUCUUUGAUCAAGCGUGUUAGAAACAUAAAUCACAUGGCUAACCUGAAGCGUACAGAGUUUGGAAAAGUUGACUUGGAUUAUGUUCUUGGAAUUGGAGGCUUUGAUUUGGAGAGGAUUGAGAGUUCUGUCAAUGCUGAAGGUCCAAAGGAGGAACAUGCCCAUCAUGGUCAUGAUCACCACCACCAUCAUCAUGAUGAGCAUGAUCACAAGCAUGAACAUCAUGAUGAUCACCAUUCCCAUGAUCAUACUCAUGAUCCUGGUGUUUCCUCUGUCAGCAUAGUUUGUGAAGGAAGCUUAGAUCUUGAGAAGGCAAAUAUAUGGCUUGGUACGUUGUUGUUGGAACGCAGUGAGGACAUCUAUAGGAUGAAAGGUCUUCUUUCUGUUCAGGGAAUGGACGAGAGAUUUGUCUUUCAGGGCGUGCAUGACAUAUUCCAAGUACCCAUACAUUCCUUGCUAGGAUCUCUAUGGGACAUGACUCUAUCCUCACCACAUUUCUCACAAUGGCCCAACCUUCCACAGUUGUGAGAAAAGUCAGGUUCUCAUAUUUAAUGUAGCAAUAAUUCCAGUAGAAACUGGCUGAUCAAAAAAAAAAUAAAUAAAUAAUUCCAGUAGAAACAACGUAGGAAACAGUCUGAAUGAAUAAAUUUUGAUUACAAUA